AUGUCGUCCCUUUUUCGUCAUUUUUACCCACAGGAUGAACUUGUUGGUUCUUUUGAGGGUGAUUUGAGGUACAACCAAAAGAGCCUGACAUUUCUUUUUGAGCAGCUGGAAAAGAGCAAGGAGUGUGGCCUCUCUGAGGUGCUGGCAGCAGUUCCAGUCACAGACCAAGGGGAAAACACAAGGGCGUCAUAUGAAGCACUUGCUGCUGCAAUGGGCGUGGGGAUGCAACUUGUAGCUUGCCAUUCCAGUGCACUUGAUGUUAAGAAAUUCUACUCUGUCGAGGAAGUGGGGCAAUGUGUGCGGGUGAUCUGUGAUGCCCUGGUUGCUUUUUCCAAUGACUGCGGAAUACAAUCCUUGGACAUUGCUGGCAGAGUGCCACAGGAGGAUGUUUGUCAGGACAAGAAGUUUCUGGAGCAGUGCUUGGGCUACAUUCUGGGUAAAAAGGGGUGCAGUUCCGAUGGCAUCCCUCUAACUAUAGCUGAGGAGCUGCAGCACUCAAGGAGUGAGCACAAAAAGCGGCUGAAGCAGUUUGUGGUCCCUGACGAUCAUAUAUCUUUGGGCAACGCCAUUUCUGCCUCUGUGCAUGGAGCCAAGUGGAGAAGGAGAUCAGUGGCAGUUAAGCUUUGGGCCAAGGACAAGGGAGGCUGCCUUCUUGACAGUGUGACGUUUGCUCGAUUGUACUCUAAGGCUACAUAUGUGAACAGCGCCUGCAUUGUCACACCUUACGCGAUGACCUGGUCUGGCCUUGUUUUGAUGGAGCUAGGAGAAGGUGACAUGAUGGCCUGGUACAAGCGCAACAAGUGGGGGGGGCUGAAGUUGAAGCUACAGCUGCUCUGGCUGGCAGCAGUGGCCCUGGAGGAAGCACACAGUAUGGAUUUUGUGCACCGUGAAAUCAGGGCCAAGAAGUUCAUUGUCUUCAAAAAUGAUCCUUUGGAACUGAAAAUAAGAAGCUUUGACCUGGAAGCUGCUGAAGGAUUCAUGGGAGACUUGGCUGCAACAGUGGGUGGUAAGCUGGCGUGGGUGGCUCCAGAAAUACUCAAAGGGAAACCGCACAGUUUUCCAAGUGACAUUUACAGUUUUGGCAUUAUGAUGUACGAGCUGCUAUCUGAAGCUCAGCCAUACGGCGAUGUCACAAGUGAGGAGAUGAAGGAUAAGAAGAUGAAUGGCCAGCCACCCUGUACCUUGCCUGGCAUUCCCAAGGAGCUAGUGGAGCUCAUGUUGGAGUGCUGUUCCUUGAACCCUGGAGACAGGCCAAAAUCAAUGGAGGAUGUGGAAGAGCGUUUGGAAGACUUGUACGACUCUUAUGAGCCGUCUGCAAAGUGCAACGAGCUGCCUGAUGCAAAAUACAACAAGAAGAUAAUGGGCUUCCUGGACCAGCAGUUGGCCAAGUUUAUGGAUUUGAGCAUUCCACCUUUGGCAACGCAAGGGGCUGUGAAUAUGUUAAGGGAGGCUGUGGAGACAGGGCAGCGACUUCUUGACAAGCACAGAGCACAUGUUGACAUACAGAAGUUCUACCAGAGCUUUGAAGCAAGAGAACUCGUGGAACACCUUGUGUGCGAGCCUCUCUGGGAUUUUGCAGUACAGUGGCUGCCAGGUGUCGAUCUGGAAGUUGAGAGGAGAGUCCCAGAGGCAGCAUUUGAUAUGGACAGGAAAGAGCUGGCAAAAUUGCUUGGCUUUGUUCUCCAGGAAAAGUGUGCAAGCACUUGGGAAGAUCCUGAAAUACCCCAAGAGUGGCAUGACUGUAGAGCUGAGCACCUGGAUCGUAUUAAAGAUCUACCUGAAGCAGAUGAUGAGGAUUUUGUUGAUUCGGCUUUUGUUGGUCAAGGAGGAUUCAGUGUUGUUCAUGCAGGCAACUGGAAGGGGCAACAAGUGGCCGUGAAGAAGUGCAGGCAUAUUCCUGGGAUGCUGGCCAUUGAAUGUCGGGCAGAACUCCUGAAAGAUGCACUCAUCCAGAAGCAACUCAGUGAAGAGCAUGUUCCAAAACUGUUUGCCAUUUCCAAGUCAGGUAUGUUGUUGAUGGAAUUGGCACACAGUGAUCUCAAGUCUUUCUGCAGAAUGCAUCGCCUGAAGUCGCCUGUGCAGCUGCGGCUCCUGCUGCAGGCAGCGGAGAGCUUGAGGCACCUGCACAGCAGAGAUCCACCCAUGGUCCACUGUGACGUGAAGAGUUCCAAUUUCCUGGUAUUUGGAAACGACCCAAGCACGUGCACUGUCAAAAUAGCUGACUUUGGGCUCACAAGUGAAGUCACAGCGACCAAGUGCAAUAUUGGCCGCAAGCCCCGAGGAACGCCUUUGUGGGUGGCGCCAGAGCUGUACGAGGGUGAAGUACUGUCGCUCGCAUCCGAUGUUUACAGCUUUGGAAUUGUCCUGUAUGAAGUCACCACAGGGACAUUGCCAUUCGUUAGUUUCCGUGGCAGUGAACAGGGCAUCAUGAAGAGGAAGCUAAUUGGGGACGACCCUUGGGGUGAUGUGAGCAACUGUGAACCAGACCUGCAGAAGCUCGUGAGGGAGUGCUGCCAUCGUACACCCCAGAAAAGACCCACAAUGGCAUAUGUUUGCAGACGCCUGUCCGAAUUGGAGCAACGCUUAGAGGACCCAUCCAUGGGACGGUGGGCAACAGAAUUGCCAAAACCAAAGGAAUUGUCCAGGAAGAUUCCUAACCUGGCGGGCCUUCAGAAUGGCCUGAAAUCGAUGUUCACUUCCAUGGAAGAGGAAAAUCCCCUCUCUGUGUCAACCCCAGUGUUACAAGAUGUGAGUACAGGCGAUGCAGACCAAGGCAUCGAUGCUAUGUCACCUAAGGAAAAGGGUGAUCAAGAUAUGCCAGAAGAGCCCAAGCUGUACUUUAGGUACAAUCGGAACUGCAUGGAGUUCCUACAAAGGCAGAUGACAGAGGCCAUGGUGCUGAAAAUCGACUACAGACCAGAAGUUGAGGCGAAUGCUGUCUCCUACAUCAAGGCAUGUGACCAUGCAUUGAACCUUGGAAGAACACUGAUUUUUCGACAUGCCAAGGCGUUUGACAUGCAGAAGUUCUACACUGCCGCUGAGGCAAGGGAGGGUGCACAGGCGAUCUGCAAAAUUCUGAAGGCGUGUGUGGAAUGGUGGAAUGUGGAGGGUGUGGAGAUAGUUGACAGGGUGCCACAGGAGGCAGUGGAGGAGGAUGAGAAGACCCUGGAUACGUAUCUUGGCUACAUUCUGGGGAUGGAAGGAGGGGAUUUCAUUUUCAACGGUCUGCCUGCUGAUAUUCAGGAAGAGUGGAAGCAGGCGAAACAAGAGCAUGAAGUGCAGUUGAGGAGUCUGCAGAUCGUUCCAGACGAGGAUAUCGGGCCACCACAGCAGCAUAUUUCUGGCUCCGUGUAUGUGGCGACCUACAGGGGCAGGGAACAUGCAGUGAAGAGUGGCAAUCGAAUGGACAAUGUUGGAUUCGCAAGGUUCUACACCGAGGCAGCAGUGAUGGAGCUUGUACGUUCGCCAUCCGUUGUCCGCCUGUUUGCUGUGACUCGUUCAGGAAAGCUUGUGAUGGAAAAAGGGGAGAUGGACAUCAUGACCUGGUUCUGGCAGCACAGGCCAGGGGGUCUGAAGUUGAAGCUCAGACUGCUAUGUGAUGCGGCACAAAGCCUGAAUGAUGUCCACUAUGCAGGGCUUGUGCACCGUGACAUCCGCACCAAGAAAUUUGUUGUGUUUGGUGGUGGCCAGCCCGAGGUGAAGCUGGUGGGGUUCGGCAAGGCAUCCACUGGCAACAUCACAGGGAAGAACACUGUGAGGAAGCAUGGCAAGAACACAUUUGCUGCCCCUGAAAUCUUCGAGGAGAAGCCAUGUGACAUGAAGAGCGACAUAUACAGUUUCGGCAUCGUGAUGUACGAAAUGAUAGGGGAGACCUUGCCCUAUGGCAGGGGUGCCACAGAUGCAAAAGUGAUGUUGAUGAAGAGAAAUGGCGAGCCCCCGUUUGACAUUCCUACUGCCAGUUGUCCUGCGCAGCUCCUGACCUUGAUGGCAGAGUGCUGUGCCGUCGACCCUGCUGACAGGCCAUCAUCGAUGGAAGAAGUGCAACAGCGGCUGACCAAGUUGGUGAACCUGGACGACCCUCAGGUUGUUGCCUGGGCACUGCCUGGAAUCUGGAAACAUUUGGCUGUUGCCUUUAGGACUACAGGGGGAUGUUUGGCAGCUGGAAUGAAGCUCCAGCAAUGA